AUGGCAUCUGUCUUCAAGCAGAGUACACGGGUGUUUACUACUCCACUACUCAAGCCACAACGUGAAUCUAUUUUGGCUGCUCCGCUCUCUCCAGACGCAAAGAUGCUUCUGGAUUACCCCAUCGAAAAGUGGCUUACCGCGCCGCGCGAGACGUUUAACGCGUACUCUCCAGGCAUCUCCUCCUCUAAGGAGCUCGCGGAGCUUCCGCCGAUCGAUCCCACCCACCCCAUCCUCCGUCGAGUCGCGCUGUAUCGCGGUGCCGUCACCGAACUCGCCCUCGACGCGAUCGUCAAUGCUGCGAACGAGGGGCUGCUCGGCGGGGGCGGGGUGGACGGCGCGAUCCACGCCGCCGCGGGUCCCCUCCUGCUGCGGGAGUGCGCCCAGUUGAGCGGCUGCCCUACCGGUGAGUGCGUGUUGACGAAGGGCUACAACCUCCCCGCCCGGUACGUCCUCCACACGGUGGGGCCGAUUGGUGAGCACCCCGCACUUCUCCACAGCUGCUACCGCAAUAUCCUUUCCCUGGCGGUGAGCAACGGGCUACGCAGCGUCGGGCUAUGCGGGGUGAGCACGGGCGUGUAUGGGUACCCUGUGAGGCCGGCGACCCAGAUUGCACUGAGUGAAGUGAUCCUGGCGUUGAAGGAACACCCAACGGCGUUUGAUUUGAUCUGCUUUGCCUGUUUUCAUGAAAAGUCAGCUCAGGUGCUGUUGGAGGAAAUCGAACGCCUGAGGGGCACUCCUGGCGCCCUAUGA